AUGUUUGCCCUUGAAGACGCCAGAGUCACCCAAGCUCCCGGCGGCUGGCUCCCAAUCACCGUCCAUCCUGGCUUUGAGAUCGAGAGUGGACACAAAAUCGGCUCGCUACAUGUCAUGUCCUUGGGGUUCCUGCUUCAAGAUCGAGGCGACGCUGUCGUCUGGCGCGGCCCAAAGAAGACCGCCAUGGUGCGCCAGCUGUUAUCAGACAUCCAGUGGGGCGAACUUGACUACCUGCUUAUUGACACGCCUCCGGGGACUAGCGAUGAGCAUAUUUCACUAGUUGAGACUCUACAGCAAACGUGUUUGAGCCAACUGGCUGGUGCUGUACUUGUGACGACGCCACAAGCCGUGGCAACCGCGGAUGUGCGUAAAGAGCUCAAUUUCUGCAAAAAGACAAACUUGAAAGUUCUGGGAGUUGUUGAGAAUAUGAGUGGUUUUGUGUGUCCACGCUGCGAGGAGUGUACCGAUCUAUUUAGUGCGAAAGGUGGUCAGGUGAUGGCUGAGGAGUUUGGAGUGCGGUUUUUAGGGAGAGUUCCUGUUGAUCCGGAAUUCGGGAUGAUGAUUGAGACGGGUAGAAAACCGCAGGAUGCUUCAAAUUCUACGGCAUUGGGAGAUGGCAAGGGGGAGAAUGCAAGCAAGAAUGAAGAUGAAGAGGCAUCGACGUUACUGGUCGAGAAAUACCGCAGCUGCUCUCUCGCCCCAAUUUUCAAACAGAUUACGGAUACAGUCGUCACAAUCACAACUUCCGAAACCGAGGCGGUCCAACACAGCGGUAGAUAA